AUGAGCCGCGCGGUGCUAAUCAGCGCGCGAGGCGGCGGCAGCGGCGGCGCGUUCGGCGCGAACCGCAUUGUGGUGCUCUUCACCGUGUCGCUGCUGCUCGUGGCGUCCGCUGCCGCUUCAUUCUUCGCUUUCUGCCCCGCCUCGUCGCGAUCCAUCGACGAAACUAAGGUAGAGGGGGGCAAACCCCUGUGGUUACACCUUGGCGAAACAAGACACCUCACAUUGCCUCCUUUCACACUCUCCCCCCUCCUAUUCCCUCCAUUCCUACUCAUCGCACUCUCUACCCCUCCUAUCCCCUCUAUUCCUCCUCUCCCACUCUCUGCACCAUUCCUUUCAUCCCUCCUCUCCCACGCUCUCCUCCUAUUCCUUCCAUCCGUCCUCUCCCACUCUCUCCUCCUAUUCCUUUUAUCCCUCCUCUCCCACUCUCUCCUCCUAUUCCUUUUAUCCCUCCUCUCCCACUCUCUCCUCCUAUUCCUUCCAUCCGUCCUCUCGCGCUCUCUCCUCCAUCCCUACCUUCCCUCUCUCCUCUCCCCCUCUCUUCUCCACCAUCCCUUCCUUCCCCCCCCCCCCCCGCUACUCCACAUCCCAGCAGCACCAGCGGCACAGCACCAGCGGCAGUUGCAGCAGGAGCAGCAGGAGGGGGUGGUUGGGAACUUCAGCGCAAGUCAACCGAGUCAACAGGGGCAACAGCAGGUCAACGGCGCCAGUGAAGGGGGAAGAGGAGAGGCAGGAGAUGGAUCAGGGGGAGGAGGGGCAGGAGGGGCAGGAGGGGCAGGAGAGGCAGCAGCAGGGCCGGGGGAGCAGGAGGAGAUAGAUGAGAAUCAGCCGCCGGAAACUUCGGGGAAAUGCCCCCCAUCUGAAACAAUUGUCAAGCACAGCCUGUGGCACGCCAGCGGGCGCUACUUCCACUCUAUGGGCGUCUUCCCUUUCUGCUCCAUGGACGCAUGCUUCAACUACUCGCGCUGCCCCGCAGACCCCUCCCACGAGCCGCUAGUCUACUUCUACUGGCCCGGCCAGCAUUACUUUAAGAGGUUCAAUGAGACCCGCUGGCACACAGACGAUCCUGCCAAGGCGUGUUUCUUCUUUGUGCAUAUGGCGAGAGGGCAACCGAACGAGUUCACGGAUUUGGAGCAUUGGGGGGAGAACGGCGCUAACCACGUGCUUAUCAGUUUCUCAGACUCUUGGAGCGGUCCAUCCCCUUUUGGAGUCUCCUCGGCAAUGGUUAUGGUCACCAACGCACAGGCCACGAUCAUGAGAACAGAUUUCGACACUUCCAUCCCGCUGCCCCAAAUGUGGAAAAACCCGCCCGUUGAGCUCCGGAACCUGCCCGCCGGAUCUGCCCGGAAAUAUUUCCUGACGUUCCGAGGCACGCGUUACCUGGGGAAUUUGAAGGGUAAUUUCCGGAGUGCCCCGGAGUUUAAGGCGUUGCACAACGGCAAGGAUGUGGUUGUGCUGACAAGAUGCGGGGGAUCUACCAACGCGCGCAUUCUCGCAGAGGAACCUUCCUUGAAACCCGAGUGCGACGAGGAUGCCAAGCUUUACACUCAGUACGACUUUGCUGACAUCAUGAACACCACCUUCACUCUUGCUCCGGCCGGCCGACAAGGUUCCACCUAUAGGUUCCUGGAGGCGCUAACAGUGGGAGCCAUCCCAGUGGUGGUGGCGGACAACUGGCGGUUACCAUUCGAUGACAUCAUCUCGUGGCAUCACUGCCUGCUGCGCUUCCCCACCGACCAGAUGCACCGAAUCUUGCCGACCCUCAGAGCCAUGGAUGAGCCGGCCAUUCAGCGCAGGCAGAAAGAGUGUGUUCUUUACGCAGAUUAUCUGGUGCAGAUGUCAGUAGAGGCGUUCAGAAUGAAGCGUUCGGAUGAGAAACGCGCUAAGUCCUCCAAACCCUCCAAGAAAAAGGUGAAAACAGAUUCGCCGUCGGUAAAGUCUUCCAAGAAGCCGAAACCCUCGGCUACAGCCACAGACGGAGCGGCGAAGAGCUCGCUACGCGCCGAUGACGACACGUGGAAGCAGCGCGCCUCGAUCGACAAGGACCUCGCCGAUCGUUCUGCCGGCAGCGACGGCGACGCCGCAGACGGCGCUGAGCCGGCCGCUGCCGGCGCGGCCGGCAAGGCAGGGGGGGGCGAGGCCGGCACGGGUGAUGGCUAUGAGGAGAUGACGGGGCUAGUUCUUCGUAACGAGGAGUUUGAGGACGGCAACACGGGCGGCAGCGGCAGUGGCGGCGUGCGAUGCCUGCACGAAGUUGCGUACCCCAAGGGCUGGAAGCUUCCUACCAGCAAGGAAGCUGCGCGGAAACCGCUGCCAGAGAAGCCCGCCAAGGAGUACCCGUUUAAGCUUGACCCGUUUCAGGAAGAGGCCGUGCGGUGCUUGGAAGCGAACGAAUCCGUGCUGGUCUCAGCACACACAUCAGCAGGCAAGACAGUGGUAGCAGAGUACGCGAUAGCCAUGGCGAUGCGGGACAACCAGCGCGUCGUGUACACGUCGCCCAUCAAGCCUCUCCCACUCUCAUUCCCUCCCCCAACUCACUCUCCCCCACUCACUGCGGCAGGUAUCAGCACACACAUCAGCAGGCAAGACUGUGGUGGCGGAAUACGCGAUAGCCAUGGCGAUGCGGGACAACCAGUGCGUCGUGUACACAUCGCCCAUCAAGGCGCUGAGCAACCGAAGCACUCCCACUUUCUUCCCUCUCACUUCCUCUUCCCACUCCUCACCCUUUUUCUCCCGUUCCCUCACUCCCUCACUCCUUGUGUCCAUUAUUCGCAGGUAUCAGCACACACAUCAGCAGGCAAGACUGUGGUAGCGGAAUACGCCAUAGCCAUGGCGAUGCGGGACAACCAGCGCGUCGUGUACACGUCGCCCAUCAAGGCGCUGAGCAAUCAGAAGUUCCGCGAGAUGAGUCAGGAGUUUGGGGACGUGGGGCUCAUGACUGGGGAUGUCACCAUCGCCCCCAACGCCACCUGCCUGUGCGGUGAGAGGGUGUUGUUGGUUGAGUCGUGUACAUACACAUCGCCCAUCAAGGCGCUGAGCAACCAGAAGUUCCGCGAGAUGAAUCAGGAGUUUGGGGACGUGGGGCUCAUGACUGGGGAUGUCACCAUCGCCCCCAACGCUACCUACGUGGUGGGUGGUACAAUGCUGCAUUGGGUUAUGACGACCGAAAUUCUCCGCAGCAUGCUGUAUCGAGGAUCUGACUUCGUGCGCGAGGUGGGGUGGAUAAUUUUCGACGAGGUGCAUUACCUGAGGGACAAGGAGCGAGGGGUGGUGUGGGAGGAGAGUAUCGUCAUGGCUCCCAAGUCCUCCCGCUUCGUCUUCCUCUCCGCUACGGUCCCCAAUGCACGCGAGUUUGCUGAGUGGGUGGCAAAGGUGCACCAGCAGCCGUGCCACAUCGUGUACACGGACUACCGCCCCACGCCCCUGCAGCACUACAUCUUCCCCGCAGGGGGCAUAAACACUCUUCCUGGGGUGCACCAGCAGCCGUGCCACAUUGUAUACACGGACUACCGCCCCACGCCCCUGCAGCAUUACAUCCUCCGCGCAGGAGGCAUGGGCCUAUUCUCUCUGGCUCUGUGCGUGCACCAGCAGCCGUGCCACAUUGUAUACACAGACUACCGCCCCACGCCCCUGCAGCACUACAUCUUCCCGGCAGGGGGCAUGGGCCUAUUCCUAGCCGUCGACGAGAAGGGCAAGUUCCGCGAAGCUUCCUUCCAGAAGGCGAUGAACGCAGUGGAAGGGGGAGAAGGGGGCGGAGGAAAGGGGGAGGACGGGGAGGACGGGGGGAAGAAAGGGGGGAAGUGGGGGAAGGGGAAGCGGGGGGCAGGAGGGGGCGGCCCGGGGGGAGCCGGGGGAGGGGGAGGGGGGAAGAAAGGGGAGGAGAGUGAUAUAUACAAGAUAGUGAAGAUGAUAAUGCAGAGGCAGUAUGACCCGGUGAUUGUGUUCUCCUUCAGUCGGGCUGAUUGUGAGGCGCUGGCGCUGCAGAUGUCACGCAUGGACUUGAAUGACGAUGAUGAGAAGACGCUGAUUGAUGGGAUCUUCAGGAAUGCCAUUGACAGCCUGGCAGAAGAGGACAAGAAGCUGCCGCAGGUGAACAGCAUGCUGCCGCUGCUGCGGAGGGGCAUCGGCAUCCACCACUCGGGGCUGCUUCCGCUGCUGAAAGAAGUCAUCGAAAUCCUCUUCCAAGAGGGGCUGCUCAAGUGCCUGUUUGCCACGGAGACGUUCAGCAUUGGGCUCAACAUGCCGGCCAAGACGGUUGUGUUCACCAACGUGCGCAAGUGGGACGGCACCAAGUCCCGGUGGCUGUCAGGAGGCGAGUACAUUCAGAUGAGCGGGCGGGCAGGCAGGCGAGGCCUGGACGACCGGGGUAUCUGCAUUCUCAUGGUGGACUCGCGGAUGGAACCAGCCGUUGCCAAGGGGAUGGUCAAGGGCUCUGCAGACCCCCUAGUGAGCCGUUGCCAAGGGGAUGGUCAAGGGCUCUGCGGACCCGCUAGUGAGGUAAAGUGUGCUUCCUGUCUUAUAAAGGCAGUCUACAACCCACCAGUGUACUACAGCAGCAUCUGCAUUCUGAUGGUGGACUCGCGCAUGGAUGGAACCGGCCGUGGCCAAGGGGAUGGUCACAGGCUUGGCAUGGCAGACCCCUUCGUGAGCGCAUUCCACCUGUCGUACAACUUCAUUCUGAACCAGCUGAGGAGUCCAGAAGUGGAGAUAGAGCAGACUAUCAGAAGCUCCUACCGCCAGUUCCAAUCAGACCGAGCAUUACCAGCACUGCAGGCACCUUUGCAAGCACUCGAGGCCGAGCACUCAACAGUCAUCCCCGACGAGUCAUCUCUCCUCGGCCUCUGUCGCCAACUCUCCGCCCUGAGAGCUCAAAUCCGUUCCUUCCUCACCACCCCCUAUUUACCACAGUCUGCCUUCCCACUUUUUCCGCCCUCCUCCCUUUGCCCCCCUUCGCAGGCGCGCCUACAAGCAUUGGAAGCCGAGCACGCAGCAAUCACCAUCCCCGACGAGUCGUCCCUCCUCGCCCUCCUCUCCCUCCGCCGCCAACUCUCUGCUCUGAGGGCGGAGAUCCGCUCCUUCCCCACUGCCCCCCCCCCCCCCCCCGCCCUCCCCUUCCCGUUCCCUGUCGCCCCCUUUUCCGCCCCACAGGCACGCUUACAAGCAUUGGAAGCUGAACAUUCAACAAUCAGCAUCCCCGAUGAGUCGUCUCUCCUCGCCCUCCUCUCCCUCCGCCGCCAACUCUCCGCUCUGAGGGCUCAGAUCCGCUCCUCCCUCACCACUCCCUCUUUACCACAGCCAAACUCUCGCCUUUCCCUGCCCUGCCCCCUUUCUCCCCCCAACAGGCGCGCUUGCAAGCACUGGAAGCGGAGCAUUCAGCAAUCAGCAUCCCUGACGAGUCGGGGCGGGGCGGGGGGAGCGGAGGGGGAAGGGGAGGGGGAGGGGGGAGGGGAAGGGGGGGAGGCGGGGGUGAUAGGGAACGAGGAGGAUGUGACUGUAUGGGGCGUGGUGGUGAAUUUCAAGAAGGUCAACCGGAAAAGGGGAGUGGGAGGAGGGGAGCAGCAAGAUGAGGCGGCGGAAGCAGCAGCUGACGUGGCGUAUGACGUGGACAUUCUCACGCGGUGUGUGGAGGAAGGAAGUGCAGGGCGCAUGGGGCCGCCUGGGGGGCCCAGGAAGGUGGUGCGGCCGUGCAGACCGGGGGAGGAAGGGGGCAGUCCGCUAGUUGCCUCGUUCCCUCUGACCCAGCUGGAUGGCAUAAGCGCAGUGCGCCUCUUUCUCCCAAAGGACCUGAAGCACAAGGAGCCAAGAGAGGCCGCCCUGAAGUCGCUGCAGCAGCUGCUGCUGAGAGCUGGGGCAGAUGGCGUGCAAAUGCUGGACCCUGAAGAGGAUAUGGAGGUCAACAGCCCAGCCUAUCGCAAGGCCGUGAGGAGAGCCGAAGCACUCGAAGCACUGAUCGCUUCCCACGCUCUAGCCUCGGCGCCGGACCUGCAGGUUCGGGUCCGGGAGCUGGCUCGGAAGAGCAAGCUGAAAAUUGCACUCAAAGUGCUUAAAAAGGAGGUCAAGGCGGCGGGCGGGCUUAUAUUGAAGGACGAGCUUAAAGCGAGGAUGAGGGUGCUGCGUCGAUUGGAGUACAUCGAUGAAGAUGAGAUCGUGCGAGUCAAGGGCAGGGUAGCCUGUGAGAUCUCCUCAGCAGACGAGCUGGUGGUGACCGAAUUGCUCUUCAGUGCAGCCCUGGCGGACCUCCCUCCCGAGACCGUGGCAGCGCUGCUGUCGUGCUGCGUGUGGCAGGAGAAGGGGGCCGGCGGGGCCAAGAGACCGAGAGAGAGCCUGCAGGGACCGCUGGCGCAGCUGAGGGAGAUUGCCAGGCGGAUAGCGCGCGUGCAGGAGGAGUGUAAGAUUGCCCUUGACGUGGAGACCUACGUGGCGUCCUUCCGACCCGACAUCAUGGAGGCGGUGUUUGGGUGGUGCCAUGGGGCCGCGUUUGCUGAUGUGCUGGCAGCAGCCGACACGUUUGAGGGGUCUCUGAUCCGCGCUAUGAGGCGACUGGAAGAGCUGCUGCAGGAGGCAGCUGCCUACACGUUUGAGGGGGCGCUGAUCUGUGCUAUGAGGCGGCUGGUAGCGCUGCUGCAGGAGGUGAGUGUGAGCUAUGAGUGGGCUAGUUAA